AUCACUUUUAUGGUAUACUGUAAUAAAAUAAGAAGAAAGUGAAUGAAUGAGACAAGAAUGAUUGUUUAUUCAUAAAGUUUCAUCUUUUCAUUACAACUAUAAUUGAUUUAGUACUAAGUAAGCAAAGUUAUGCUUGUAUCCGGAUCCAUUAAAACUAACUGAAAACAACAUACAAGUGUAGAAUCAAGUUAAACAAGCCAAAAAAUAUAAUAUUAUGUAUUACAAAUGGUUCUAAGAAUUUAUAGCUCAUUUGUAAUUCGGUCUCGCUUGUGGUAAAUGUGCAUUUUCGUGACCAACGGAACCAGUUUCAUUUCAUAACCCACAAGCACGGCAAAAACCUCACAAAUAGGUUAUAACAAAACAAAUGUGAUUCCAGUCUGCAUUCCAAAUAGAUAUUAAUAAUUAAGCUUAAAAAUGUAUAAAUCUCAUGCAAUCUUAAUUGUAUUUAUGAUGUCAAUCACGUUUGUGAUGAUUGAAUCAAAGAAACCUGAAGAGAAACCAGACUGGGCAAAGAAGGACAUACGAGAUUAUUCUGAUGCAGAUAUGGAAAGGUUAUUAGAUCAAUGGGAGGAAGAUGAAGAUCCCCUUGAAGAAGAUGAGCUUCCUGAACAUUUGAGGCCAGCACCUCAGAUAGACAUGACAAAAUUGAAUCCAGAGAAACCAGAGGAAAUGCUACAGGCUACAAAGAAAGGCCGAACUUUGAUGACAUUUGUGAAUGUAGCCAAUAAUCCAACAAAAGAAGAAACUGAAGAAAUUACAAAGAUAUGGCAAACAAGUCUUUGGAACAAUCAUAUUCAAGCUGAAAGAUAUUUGGUUGAUGACAAUAGAGAUUUUCUCUUCAAGGAUGGGUCCCAGGCUUGGAUAGCAAAGGACUAUUUGAUUGAUCAAGAAAGAUGUGAAAGUGUAACUAUAGAAAACAAGGUGUAUGAUGGAAAAUACAGUAAAACUGAUAAUCUUAAGGUGGAAUUGUAAUGUAAUCAACUUAAAUAUGUAUAUGAGUCUACAAUUAAAGAUUAUUUAUGUAUAA